CGAAACCAAAAGUUCAUGCGUUCGAAACGCGGAAUCUGCUCCUGUUCCAGUCUGAAACCAACCUUAGAGCAGUUCGUUAUUGCGUGUUACUAGCUUCAGUUCAGUGCAAGCGCGACGUUCGGCAUCCUUCGCGCGAGUUACGCCUUCUGCGAUAGACACCUGUUAGUCCGACAAGUUGUGAGUGAAAGAGUUAGGUAAAGCGGUUUUCUAGUUGGUGAAUAGUUUCACGAGGCCGUCUUUGUUCAUUGUGGAUGCAAAUUUUGUGUUUUUGAGUGUUUUGGAGGAGAUAUUUACAUUGAGAAUAUGGAGAAGGCGAAGAUUCUGAGCUUGUUGGUGCAGAUGGUGGUGGGAUUGUCUUUAUUUCAAGGAUUCCUGUGUGCACGAGUGGAAAUAACACCCAGCGUUAUUUUGGUUCUGCCAGGCCACAAUGUAACAUUUGUCUGUAGGGUGGCAGAACGUCUUCAAUACUGCAGAGUCGAGAUCCCAGGAGAAGACAGCAAGAAUUUGAAUCCUGACAUACCAUCAUCAGGAAAUGUGAAAUACUACGGACUUGGCUUAGAGAGUGGACAAUGCGGAUUUACAAUCAAUAGUGUUUCGGAAAGAAACAAUGGUAUGAUCAAGUGCACGCUAGGAAUUCCAAGAGAGUCUCAAGAAUCAGUUGGAACAAUGCAACUCAUCGUUGCCAAACCUCCACAAGUACCAGUUAUGGAAGUGAGCAAAGGAUCUGAUAACGUCGGAGUUUACAAAAUUCAUGAUACUAUCCACGCUUCUUGUUCAGUCAACGAUGGAAGACCUGCAGCUAAUAUUUCUUGGUUCUUAGACGAUAUACCUAUCUUGGAAGACCUGAGUAUGCCAACAAUUGUAGAGAUAGCCAAGGAGAAUUUCCAAUCCAAAUCACAGAACCUCACCAGACAGCUGAGAGCAUCGGACAACGGUAAAAGGUUGAGAUGCGUAGCUCAACAUCCUGCUUAUCCCAAUGGACAACAAGAAACAAGCAGGCAACUGGACGUUGUAUAUCCACCACAACCUUUGAAGAACCCAUUGGAGCAGUUUGGAUAUAUCAUAGGACAACAAGGUGUCAUUUCCAUAACAAUCGAAGCAAAUCCUAAGCCAAAGAUCGAGUGGUUUGUUGCUGAGCAGAAUAUCAAAGAGGGAAACAGUGACAGCACCGGAAGGAUAGAUGCGCAGCCUAUUAUAGAAUUGGAACAAGGUCGUUACGAGGUGAACUUGAGGAUGGCCGCAGUGCAAAAAGAAGACACCGAGAAAGAAUACAUCCUUGCCGCCCAGAAUCAAAUUGGUCGUCAAGAGUACCAUGUGAGAAUUUCAACGAAUCCUGAACCAGAAGGUUUGGAAUUAGGGCUCGGAUCCUUAGUCGGAAUCGUCGUAGCAAUCUGUAUCCUACUAAUGGCAGUUUUUCUAUUAAUUUUCGCUAAAACCACGGGAAGAUGGUGUUUUUCUGGGGGCGCCACCGUCAUCGACUACACUAGCGAAAACGGAACACGUCAAGGUCAGGACGGAAUCUCUGGUGAUGGAGUAGACAAUCCUCAUCACCAAGUUUCUCAAGAAUACAUUAAUGGGAAUGAUCUUCCGAUAAAAAAAGACGAAAAAAUCAACACACAAGUUUAGAUCGAUUUCAAAUUCUUCGAGUGAUAUUCAAGUCGUUGUUUCGCGUUCUGAUUAAUACACAUUUUUUGAAGGCGUUAUUUUAGAUUCUUCAUCGGUUAUUUUGCUUUAGAAAUUUUCAAUAUUACUUUGGAGGAAAUGAAGAAAACACAUAUUGAAUUAAUAUUUUAUUAAUAGAAAAGACACAAGAGAAGAAAAAUGAAAUGACCAUAGCAAAAAAAAAAUAUGAAUUAAAUUUUAGUUGAGGAAUUCACUCCUUCUAUUCUUUAUCGGUUUUUCUACAGAUGUAAUCAUACUGAAAAUAGGUUAACUUGAUAUCAACCUUGAAGUAUAACGGAUUCUAUGGAAACUUUCAAAUAUCAUUCGAAAUAUUGAAAAUCUCUCGAAGAUAGUAGUUAAUUGUUCUGUUCGAAAAAAUGGUAUUCAUGAAUCAAAAUUUUCAUUAGUUUCGACAUAUGGAAUGUUCUAGAAUGGGACGAUGAGUAUAAAAUUAGUAAAUAUGUAGAAUUCGAAUGAUAAUAAAUUAUUUCCAUGUGAAAUUUUCUCCACUACUCAAUAUCGAAAUCGUAUUCUAGAACUAUCUAUGAUGUGUAAAUCAAAAUAUGCGAAUCUCAUUGAUGUGAUUUCAUGCAAAAAUUUUUUAUGUUUUUCACUAUUAUUUACCUAGAUUUUCCUUUAACCUUUGUAUAGACGAAAUUUUCUUCAUCUUUUAUUAAACUCAAGGAAAGACUUAACUGAUCCACAUUACUUAAAUGAUCGUUACUUUAAGUAGGAUAAGUGUCCACUAGCAUAGAUAUUUAUUAUCAUUUUUGUGAAUUGUAGAUUUAAGGAUCAUUAUAAUGAUUUUCUGAACAUUAUUUGGAGGAAACUCCCAAAACUUUUUGUACAUAAGCGUUUCUAUAUACAUACAUUUGAAUUAGUUUUUCAUACUUGAUUUGAAUGAUUGACGAAUAAUUAAUUUUUCAUUUCUAAUAUUCCUCUAAUGAAUUUUUUAUGUUUCAUUUUUUUCAAAAUACGCACUAGACUGACUUCCAAUUAUUAUUGAUAUAUCCUUCAAGAACUAUGAGAACAAUAAUUUUUUCCAUUCACUGUACAGUUAUUGAACUCAAGGUUUAACUUUUCCCGAUAUAAUUUAAACAUGUAAAACUUCCUUGUAUAACAAGAAAACUAAAAAUAUUAUUGUGAGCUCUCUGUUGGUUUGUUAUGCGGAAAAUCUAUCAAGCAUUCCGUGACUUAUGGAUAUUUCAGAAUAGUAUAUUUAAAUAGUUGAAAUUAUGAAUGUAAAAAUUUUGUAUGUUGAAUGUACUUUAACUGAUAAGUUGAGAUUAUAAUUAUAAAACUGUUUUAUAAAUAAAAAUCUAUUGCCA